GUAUUUCUUCAAAACUUCCCCCAUCGAAACAAAGAACAUCAAAACAACCCCUUCUCCUCUUAAAAUUCCCCUCUUCUUUUAAUCUGCCAUGGCCGCCAUAUCCCCCCAUUUCUCCAUUUUCAUCUUCUACAUUUCCCUAAUCUCUCUCUCUCUUCCCCCAUCUCUUUCUCUCUCCUCCACCACCAUUCACGAUCUCCUCCGCUCCAAAGGCCUCCCACCGGGCCUUCUCCCAAAAGAAGUGAAAUCCUAUUCCCUUUCUCCAAACGGACUCCUCCAAGUGUUCCUGGAUGGUCCUUGUUUAACCAAAUACGAGAACAGAGUUAUUUUUGAAAGCGUUGUUACAGCUAAUCUCAGUUAUGGAAGUCUAAUCGGCGUUCAAGGUCUCACUCAGGAAGAACUCUUUCUAUGGCUUCCUGUUAAAGAUAUAAUCGUUGAUGAUCCUAAUUCUGGUUUGAUUCUGUUCGAUAUUGGUGUUGCUCAUAAACAACUCGCGCUUUCGUUAUUCGAAGAUCCGCCCAGUUGCAAAUCGCAACCCAAAGGGGUUUUGAGGAAUCAUGUGAGGAAGGAGAAAGGAUUUGAAGGUUUCAGAUAGAAAUGAGGAAGGAAAAUGCCAAAAUUUCUGCUGGAAAAUUUUGUUUUUUUGUUUCUUUAAUUGUCAUAAUGGUUAUAUAAGUAAAUUAGUUCAAAUAAUAGUUUACACUGUUAUACGAGUUGAGUUUUUAUUUAUUUUAUUUUAUUUUUUGUAUAAAAAAGAAAAAAAAAAAGACUAUUUUCCUUUUGUUGGAA